AUGGCUUCUCGCUCCUUAUUUCAGUCCCCUUCUGGGCCCUCCUACUCUCUGUAUACCAUCCUGUGGAUAUUCUUCCUUUCUCUUUCAGCCGUGGCCAAUGCGCUGGCGUACCCGCCCCAGAAACCGCUUGCAGAGACACGGCCAGUCGAAGAAAGCCUGUCUAGCUCCCUCGAUGAUCUCUCAGAUGAUGCCAGUCACAGGGACAGCAAUGCGACUCCCGCUGAGACGCUGCAAGAUCUUCUCAGCGCGCUACGUGGUAUGCAAGACCACUACUUCGUGAUGUGGAUGGGAACUUGGCCAAGCAGCAUUGACUGGACCGCUGCGGUGUUGGGAACCCACGUUGUCGCCACUUUGUCGUCUUAUACCUCCUCCAAGCUCGAUGUUGUCGACCCCACAGAGUCGCACCAAUCAGUCGCCCUUGCAGUCGAGAACACUGUCAAUCAAUUCUUCACCCAGAUGAAUACCUUUUAUUUUGGAGAGAAUGCUUUCAGUCUGAGAAACCAGGCUUACGACGAUAUGCUUUGGGUCGUACUAGACUGGCUGGAAAAUGUCAAGUUCCAGGACCUGCACACGGAUCUUCACUUUCCCUCGUCCGACCCAGCUUCAGAAAAUUCAUGGUAUGGGACUCAGUUUCGGCAACCAGCUGCACAUCGAGCACGAAUCUUCUACGAGCUGGCCUCAGCCGGGUGGGACAAGACUCUCUGUGGUGGGGGGGAUGAUUUGGAACCCGGGGACCCCAUUGACUCCCCGUUCAUUGCCAACGCGCAAGCCAAUGGAACCUAUCCACACAACCCUGCCCACCUCAAGGCAGCAGUCGAUGCUUAUGCGUGGCUCAAGAACUCCAACAUGACGGGGGCCGGUGGGCUAUAUGCAGACGGGUUUCAUAUCAGCGGCUGGCGAAGUGCAUCCGAUCCAGGAACGGGCAAGUGUGACGAGCUCAACAAAAUGGUAUACACCUACAACCAAGGAGUCGUUCUCAGCGGGCUGAGAGGACUCUGGAUUGGAACAGGUGACCAGAGCUACCUUCGCGACGGCCAUGAGCUUGUCCACAAGGUUCUCCGUGCUACGGGUUGGCCGCAAACAUCUUCAAAGAAAUGGGCUGGCCUUGGACGUGGCGGUGUGCUGGAAGAAGCGUGCGACUCAUACUCCAGCUGCUCCCAAAACGGACAGACCUUCAAGGGAAUUUUCUUCCACCACUUGGCUGAGUUCUGUCGGCCACUCCGCCCACAAGAAGAGCGCUUCCUAGCGGCUGAGAAACGCCAGCCGAUUGCGGACGAGAGCUGGGAGAAUGUCUACACCCGUCAUCUCAAACGUUGCCGUACUUACGGGCCCUGGAUCGAACACAAUGCUCGCGCUGCACUGAUCACUCGCGAUGACGAUGGGAAAUUCGGUACAUGGUGGGGAAUUGAAUUCCAGCAGCCACCCUCCGUUGUCUCUGCGGAGACUGUAAAUAGUAGUACUUUGCCGGCUGGGGCUGUGGACUACCGCAAUGUCGAGUUUGAGACUGAUGCCUCUACCUUUGACGGCGUGCCGCGGGACUUCAACGAUCGUGGACGGGGUCGCACAGUUGAGACACAGUCUGGUGGAAUUGCAGUGCUGAGGGCUCUGUAUCAGUGGCAGACCUCUGUCCUUUUAUGA